CUCACCAGCCUCUGCUCCGUGCUCUGGCCAGACAAGCAGCUCUACAAGGAGACAGGCUACUGGAGCGUUACAGUGUUUGGCAGGAAGCAUUGCUACCGCCUGUACACGGAGCACCUCAACGAGGCUGUGCGCUGGGUGUGUGCUGUGCAGAAGGUCAUUGACAGCAAAGCUCCUGUCCAAACGCCCACCCAGCUGCUCAUGCGUGAUGUCGAGGAGCACAGAGACAGCCCCGAGGUUCUGGAGCAGAUCUAUCGCUGCAACCCCAUCCUGCGCUACACCAGUGGCCCCCUCUACGCUCCCCUGCUGCCCUUCCCCUAUGGCAGCCUGGACCAAAGCGCCCCUGGCCCCCGCAGCUACACCACACUGCGUGACGAGGCUGUGAAGCUCUUCAACUCGCUGCAGCAGCUGGAGUCAGAGCGGGACCCAGUGCCGCUGAUGCAGGGUGUCCUGCAGACCUGCCUGGACCUGCCGCCAUUGGUGGAUGAGAUCUACUGCCAGCUGGUGAAGCAGACUACGGAGCCGCCGGCGCCAGGUGGGCAGGGCGACCUGCACUACUGGCAGCUCCUCACCUGCAUGAGCUGCACCUUCCUGCCCUCCCCGCCUGUCCUGCGCUUCCUGCGCUUCCACCUGGACAGGACAGAGAAUUGUUUUCCUGGCUCGGAGAUGGCCAAAUAUGCCUGCUUCAUCCGAGAGGCGCUGGAAAAGACAAAGGGGAGAGAGUGUGUGCCCUCUCUGGAGGAGAUCCUGGUGCUGAUGCAGCGGCAAGAGAUGAUCUGCACAGUGCACUGCCCUGGGGUGCCCGCCUGCAGCGUGGCCAUCAGUUCCCACACCACAGCUGAGGAGGUGGCCCAGGAACUUGUGUCACGCCUGGGGCUGUCCCAGAGCCCCAACCUCUUUGCACUCUACGAGCAGUCCCGGCGACGGGAGCAGCCAGUGGGCAGUGCCACACUGCUGGCUGAUGUCCUCACCAGGUUUGAAAACCUGGCUGGAGAGGACCGGGAGCAGGACCCACCCUGCCGGCUCUGCUUCAAGCACUACGGCUUCCUGGACACGGACAAUGUCCCACGGGACAGCCUGGAGUUUGCCCUCCUCUUUGAGCAGGCACACGAGAUGGUUCUGCGGGGCUACGUGCCCACAUCAGAGGAGACGCUGCAGACACUGGCGGCCCUGCGCCUGCAGAGUCUCAACAGCGACUUCUCCACCCACGCGCCCUUCCCGCGCCUGGAGGAGCUCUUCCCACCCCACGUGCUGCACGCCCGCUUGCCGCCCCCGCCCCACCGGCCCCCCUCCAAGUGCCGGGGGGCCCGGCUGCGCGCAGGGCUGCUGGCCGGCGGGCUCUGGGGUCAGGCGCUGGCCAAGCAGCGGGCGGAGCGGGACCAGCGCCUGCGGGGCCGGCUGCGCGAGGAGGGGGCCAGCACCAUGGCUGCCAUCGUGGAGAAGUGGAAGCUGCUGCAGGGCAUGGGCCGGCCCGAGGCCAUGGCUGCCUACGUGGCCUUGGUGCGGGAGUGGCCCGGCUUUGGCUCCACACUCUUCGAUGUCGACCUGCACGCGAGCCCAGUGGACUCUGGGCCCCAGCGCCUGUGGCUGAGCAUCGGGGCCAAGGCCGUCUCGCUCUACAAGCCGGGAGAGCCCGAGCCCUUGGACAGCUUCGGCUACGGCUGCAUCUCCUCCUUUGGUGCCUCUGACAGCAGCACCUUCCGCCUCUCCGUGGAGGAUCGAGACCUGCUUGAGACCUCCCAGGUGGACGAGAUUGCCCAGCUCCUCAACACGUACCUCGCCUCUGCGGGUGCCCAGCGGCUGCCCCGGCCCCAGGAGCCUCCCACCAGUCACCACCUCGGAGCCGCUGUGCUGCCCCAGGGGCUCUGCCCUGCGGCCGGGCCCUGGCAGCACCGGCCCCCUGUGGGUUCCUCCCACAGCUAG